AUGGAGCAUCUUCACCUGAUAUUCUCCUCCAUCAUCUUCAUCAUACUCUUGAUUCUCCUCCAUGGCCUUGAUCUUUACCGGAAAAGAAGACUCCCGCCUGGCCCCGUCAGGCUCCCCAUCAUUGGAAACCUCCUCGACAUUGGAUCAAAACCCCAUGAAUCCCUAGCCAACCUCGCACACAAACAUGGUCCUCUUAUGACCAUCCGAUUGGGCAGCAUCACCAGUGUGGUGGCAUCGACACCUGAUGCUGCCAGACAAAUCCUCCAACUAAAUGACGACGCUUGCUCCGGUCGCCUCGUACCGGAUGUAAAUAACGCUCUGAAACACCCUGAAGCAGCGAUCUUAUGGAUGUCGCCUGACAAGACCUGGAGGGCUAUGAGGAAAGCCACCAACUUGUAUCUGACCAAUCGACAGAAACUCGACGGUCUCAGCUACCUCCGCCAAAACGUGGUGGAAGGGAUGGUGGAGUUCCUGCGGGAGUCGGCGGAGAAAAAGGCCACAGUGGACAUUGGACAGCUGGCGUUUGCGGUGUCACUUAACCAAAUGUCAAACACGAUUCUUUCACAGAACGUGACCAGCUAUGUCUCUGAAAAUAUCGGGGGUUUCAAGUCGGCUGUGGAGACUUAUAUGGAGAUGCUUGGGAAGUUCAACAUUGCAGACAUAUUUCCGGUGCUGAAACCAUUAAUUGGACCCACAGAACAUACGGCGUCAGGCGAAGUCGGCUUUCAACUGGUUGGAUGA